AUGCGUUUCAGCAACGCACCCUCCACUUUCCAGCUUUGCCCAAACGUGUUGGAGAGUGAAGACUCGAGCUCCGCAGACGGGGAGCAGAUGACCGAGGUGCGCUCCCCGAGUUCAGGCCCCUCCAGCCCGCUGUCCGUGAACUCCGACUCCAGCUGCAACAGCCCCGAGGCCAGAUCCUCCUCUUCCUCUUCACAGCAGCAGAGGGUCAGGAGGCCCCUAAACGCCUUCAUCAUCUGGACCAAAGAGGAGCGCAGGCGUUUGGCUCAACUCAACCCAGAUCUGGAGAACACAGACUUGAGCAAAAUACUCGGAAGGACCUGGAAGGCCAUGUCUCUGGCUGAGAAGCGUCCAUACAUGCAGGAGUCCGAGCGCCUGAGGGUCCAGCACACCAUCGACUACCCAAACUACAAGUACAGGCCCCGCAGGAGGAAGCAGUUGAAGAAGAACUCCAAGCCUCAGUGUGCAGAAGCUCCGGCCGCUCACCCUUCGCUCUGCGGCAGCUCGGGCUUCAACGUGCCCUACAACCUCACCCACCUGCUCCAGAGCCAGCAGCACCCCUUCCCAAACUCACCUGCUUUCCCAAACUCGCCAGCUAACUUUGCCCCCAUGCACAGCAGCUACACAAACACUGUUUUCCCAGACUCAGCAGCAGCAGCAGCAGUAGAUGCUUUCUCCAAUAAGCCUGUGUUGUACUCAAACCCUCCUGCUUACCCUGCAGACCCUCAUCCUUAUUUUGGGGGUCAGCACGUCCACAUGCAGUACGCUUACUCCAGCUCUGCAGCUCCACAUGUAGAGCAAGGGGAGCAGAGGUUUUUCGUGUGCCCUGCCGGACCCUCCCUGGAGUUUUACCUGGAGCAGGUUCAGCUGGACAUGCUGUACGAUCUGGACCGCAGCGAGUUCGAACAGUACCUGGGUCCGAACCCUCACAGGCCGGAGUCGGUGGAUCCCAGCAGCUACCAUCAGCAGAGCAGCCACAGAGAAGGGCGCUCGCUGUCAUAA